AUGCUCCUCCUAACCCCCACGGAAAAACUAUCCUCAAACCUCUUCCCACUCCGUCUCCGCCACUUAACCUUCCUCCAAGGGGCCCAAGAAGACUGUAAUAAAUACGCCGAACGAUUUCGAACCUACUGCAACCAUACCCAAAGGAUCUGUCGCGAGCUGAUGAAACUUAGUAGUUGGAACACCUAUCAAGAAGAAAAACUCUUGAUCGCUCGAGAAACAGAGUUGAUGCAUAUGUACUGCCAAUUAUCGGAUGAAGUAGUAAGGAUUAGAAAACAUAUUGACGAAAUUGCUACGGAUGGGUUUGAAGGGUGUGCUGGGGAUGUGAAUCCUACUUGUAGAUGUUGGAUGGGGAUUUCUGGAAAAGACGGAUUUUUGUGUGAUAAGAAGGGGAGAGAGCGAAAAGAGAAUGAGGAAGAGAAAGAAGGAAAGCAGAAGUUUGGGAUUUUGGAAUUUAAGGUGCCUGAUGGGAAGGUAUCAUUCUUGGAUAAUAUGGACGGCAUCUUGGACGUAGGAAGACGGGCCGAGAGUACUGUGUAUUCGGUGCUGAGAGAAACAGAGGGCUAUCCUUCGCCCGGAAGUGCUGGUUUUUAUGGAAGCUUGGGCCUGACGGAGAAAGGGAGUGUGAGGUUUUAUGAUGGAGAGGGCGGCAUAUCGCGGCCGAUUUAUACUAGUUAUUUUGCUAGUGACAGUGAUUGA